AUGCAAAGAAUGAACAAUGUAACAGAAUUCAUCCUACUGGGCCUGACCCAGAAUCCAGAACUACAAAAAAUCUUAUUUGCUGGGUUUUUAAUCAUCUACUUGAUUACUUUGUCAGGCAACCUGCUCAUAUCCUUCACCAUCUUCAUCAGCCCAGCCCUGAGUUCUCCCAUGUACUUUUUUCUGUACUAUUUAUCCAUCAUAGAUGGUUUCUACUCAUCUUGUAUAGCUCCCAAAAUGAUCUCUGGCUUUAUCUCUGAAAAGAACAUCAUAUCCUUCAAUGGCUGCAUGACUCAGGUCUUUGCUGAUCAUUUAUUUGCUGGAGCUGAGAUUGUCUUGCUAAUUGUCAUGGCCUAUGACCGCUAUGUGGCCAUCUGUAAGCCUCUGCACUACAUGACCAUUAUGAGUCGACCUUUGUGUGUUUUCCUAGUGGGAACAGCUGGGAUUAUAGGGUUUCUUCAUGGAGGUAUUCAAGUUUUACUCUUAGUCCAAUUACCUUUCUGUGGUCCCAAUAACGUUGACCAUUUCAUGUGUGACUUAAUCCCUCUCCUGGAGCUAGCCUGCACGGACACUCAUACUUUGGGACCCCUCAUUACUGCCAACAACUCAAUGUGUCUGCUCACUUUUUCUAUGCUGCUUACUUCCUAUAUUGUCAUCCUGCGCUCCCUGAGGAACCACAGUGCUGAGGGGCGGCGCAAAGCCCUGUCUACCUGCGCCUCUCAUGUCACUGUGGUCAUCAUGUUCUUUGUACCUUGCUCAUAUCUGUAUCUAAGACCCAUGACCUCCUUCCCCACUGACAAAGCUGUCACUGUGUUUUGCACCAUAGUAACUCCCAUGCUGAAUCCCUUAAUCUAUACCCUCAGAAAUGCAGAAAUGAAAAAUGCCAUGAAGAAACUCUGCACAAGGAAGGCACUUAAUCCAAUAAGUGCCCCACGUCCUCUUAAAGACUACAGAGAAUCCAUGUUAUCAGGAGAGAGAAGUCAGGAUUUCCACAAACUGGUACUGGAGUCAUUCUCAGGGAAAUCCCUGGGCUAA